AUAAAAAAAUGAUGAAUGUUUGGACUAAACAGAAGUACUGUCCUGUGCUAAAUGCGAUACGAGAUUAUAAUGGAGCUUAUAUGAAUAUAUCGAUAGACAAAAAACAAUUUCUCAAUCAAUCAACUUUUUUUAUACCCAUCACCUACACUACGGAAAUGAACAUCGAUUUCAACACAAAAUCGCCAACGAUUGAGCAUUAUUUAACAGAGUCAAAUCCCGAGUUGAAAAUACCCAUUAAAGAUGAAAAUCUAUGGGUCAUUGUCAAUAAACAACAAAUUGGAUUCUAUCGCGUCAAUUAUGAUCCAGAGAAUUGGCGAAGAAUUGCACGUUAUUUAAAUUCUGAAAAUUAUAUUAAUAUACAUGUUCUCAACCGAGCACAAAUUAUCGAUGACGCAUUUCAUCUUGCGAUAGAGAAAAAACUGAAUUUCUCUAUAUUCUGGGAUCUUGCGAGCUAUUUACCGAGAAAAGAGAAAGAUUAUAUAGCAUGGUACCCUAUGAUCAAAGCUUUUGAAUACUUGUCGAACUAUUUUGCAAUGAUAAAUGCACUUGACGAGGAUCUUCCUUCAGCACUCAAGGAAGUAUCAGUAAAAAUAAAAAAUAUGUUUGAACAUAUGAAAGAGCACAUAUAUAUAUUUCUAUAUAGGUACGGGGGUAUAUACAAUGAAAUAGGACUCUUUAAAGACGAUUUUGAUAAAUAUUUAAAACUGGAUUUCCUAAAAUGGGGAUGUGUUAUCAAUAAUUAUUUGUGCACGGAAAUUGCUAAAAAUAAAUUGGAAUUGUAUUCACAAAAUCGUGCAUUAAUAAGCAAAAUUUCGCCUGGAUGGGAGGAAUGGAUAUAUUGUAAUGGUUUAAAGACAGCGAACGUUAGUAUGUGGCUCACUGUAUAUUUUAUGGCAUCUAGUAUGUAUAAGGGAAAUUCCGAUUAUAAAAUGUUGAAAUACCUUUGUUGUUCUGAGAAUCCUGACAUUAUUGUUCUAUAUCUGUGGACUGUACUACCGGAAUUUAAACAGUACUUGUUAAAUAGUCAUAAGAUGCUUACACAGAAAAAUAAAGAUAAAAUUGAUAGUUUAAUUACUAAUAUGUUUCUUUCUACUCUUGCGAGACAAGCCGACCACGCUCUAGUACUUAAAGAAAUACUGACGUCUUAUGGAAAGAAUUAUAAAAACAGUCCGGUCAAUAUGACAACGGCAUUAAACGUGCUUAUUAAUAAUGUGUAUACUAGUAAUCUACUUACCAAGAUACGUGAAUUUGCAAAACAAAAUAUGCCAUCCUUAGAUUAUCAAUUUAUUGAGUACAAGUUAACGACGCGUUCUCAUAAAUUGAUCGCUCAGAUCCAUUUUUUUAACGAUAUGUUCGAAUAAAAGUUUAAAACCAGAAGAUCAAUGCAUCUACUUGAAUUGAUAUAAAUGCAAUAAUAUAGCAUAAUAUAUAUCAACAAAUUGCAACAAUAAAGAACAAAUUUAUAUUAAA